CACAUGAGGUGGCAGUGGCCAGACGCGUCAGACAGGAGCCCCAGCAAUUAGGGCAGAUUCCAGGAGUCCGUCCACCAGCUGCCAGAUAUGGGAGAGAGACCCCAGACCUCCUGAGUUCUGGCUGUGGGUCUGGAGUGUGCUCUCAAGUGGCACCUAGCCAGAUUGGGGAGGCUCUUGGAAGAGACGUAUCCCAUUUUAAAAUUGCUCUAAGAAGAUUCUAGGAAUGUUUUGCUUCUCGACCUGGAUGCUAGUUACACAGAUGGGUUCAGGUGUCUGGGGCUGGAUGGAGAACGUUUCCUUCAGCUACGAGUAUGGGGAUUACAGCGACAUCCCAGAUCUCCCUGUGGACUGCUCAGAUGGCGCCUGCCUCUCCGUCGACCCCCUCCGUGUGGCCCCACUCCUGCUGUAUGCAGCUGUCUUCCUGGUGGGGGUGCCAGGCAACACCAUGGUGGCCUGGGUGACUGGGAAGGAGGCCCACCAGAGGGUGGGUGCCAUCUGGUUCCUCCACCUGGCUGUGGCGGAUUUGCUCUGCUGUUUGUCCCUCCCCAUCCUGGCUGUGCCCAUUGCCUGUGGGGGACACUGGCCCUACGGAGCAGUAGGCUGUCGGGUGCUGCCCUCGGUCAUCCUGCUGUCCAUGUACACUGGCGUCCUGCUCCUGGCUGCUUUCAGCACUGACCUUUGCCUGCUGGCCCUCAGUCCGACUUGGUGGACUUCAGAUGGGCGGGCACGUAGGGUGCAGGUGGCCUGUGGGGCAGCUUGGGCUUUGGCCCUGCUGCUGACCAUGCCCUCUGCCAUCUACCGCCGGCUGCACCAGGAGCACUUCCCAUCCCAGCUGGAGUGUGUGGUGGACUACAGAGGCUCGGCCAGGGCUGAGAACACAGUGACUGCCACUCGGUUUAUUUUUGGCUUCCUGGGACCACUGGUGGUUGUGGCCAGCUGCCAUGGUGUCCUCCUGUGCCGAGCGACCCGUCGUCACUGGCCACUGGGCACGGCCAUCAUAGCGGCCUUUUUUGUCUGCUGGGCCCCCUAUCACAUGCUGGCGCUGGUACUGUCUGCAGCUGCCCCCAACUCUGUGCUCCUGUCCAGGGCCCUGAGGGCUGAACCCCUGGUCAUGGGCUUUGCCCUUGCUCACAGCUGCCUCAAUCCCAUGCUCUUCAUGUAUUUUGGGCGGGCUCAACUUCGCAGGUCACUGCCAGCUGCGUGUCACUGGGCCCUGAGGGAGUCCCAGAGCAAAGAUGAAAGCGUGGUCAGCAAGAAAUCCACCAGCCAUGACCUGGUCUCAGAGAAUGAGGUAUAGGCUUGAGGGACACUGGUUUGUUUCCUCCUAUCCCAUUUCACUAGCUUCAGGCAUAGCUGGAUCCGGGGGCUCAAUGAUAUCUUCAUUUUAUUCCUUUAUUCCUUUAACAAACAUCCAUUAUGCACCUGCUAUGUGGCAAGGCCUUGUUACAGGCAUUGCUGGUAUAGUAGUGACCAAAAGAGACACAAACCCUGCCUUUAGGGAGCUGACAUUCUAGUGAAGGAAGACAGACAAUAAGCAAACAAACAAAGGAAUAUGGAAUCUGUCAAGUGGUGAUAGGUGCUAAGAAACCUCAGGGGACAAAGAGAGCUGGGUGAGGCAGUGGUAUAGUUUAGCCAGGCAUGGCCCCUUGGGUAAGGUGAUAUUUGAGCCAAGUCCUGAAGAAGGGAGAGGAAGUCAUGCUAAAAUCUAGGUGAAAAACAUUCCCAGGAGAGAGAACAGCAAGUGCAAAGGUCCUGAGGCAAGAUGUACCUGGCAUAUUCCAGAAACUGUGAAGAGGCCAGUGUAGAUGGAGCAGAGUGAGUGAGGGGGAGAGUAUAAAGGGAGAUGAAGGGAGAGAGGUAAUGGGAGGCCAGAGUCUGAAAUUCUCCUAGGCCAUAGCAAGUGUUUGGGGAUUCAGGGAGAGUUCUGAGCUACGAUUACCAGAUAAAAUACAAGACUCCCAAUUAAAUUUGAGUUUCAAGGGCCGGCCCGUGGCUCACUUGGGAGAGUGUGAUGCUGAUAACACCAAGGCCACAGGUUCGGAUCCUUAUAAAGGGAUGGCCGGUUAGCUCAUGUGGGAGAGCAUGGUGCUGACAACACCAAGUCAAGGGUUAAGAUCCCCUUGCAGGUCAUCUUUCAAAAAAAAAUUGUUUUUUGAGUUUCAGAUAAACAACAACAAAUUUUUUUUUAGUAUAAGUCUGUUCCAUACAAUAUUUGGGACAGACUUAUACUGAAAAUUAUUUAUUGUUUAUCUGAAAUUCAAACUUAACUGCACAUUCUGUAAUUUUUGUGUGUGUUUGCUAAAUCAGGCAACUCUAUUCUGAGCGGGGGAGUGUCUUGAUGUGACUUAGAUUUUAAUAGGAUCCCUCUGAUUGCUGGUGGAGAUUAGACUACAGUGGGGGAGGGGGAGGGAAGUGAGGAGGCUACUGCAAUAGUCCAAGCAAGAUGAUAGUGACUUGGAUCAGGGUAAUACAGCACAGGUGGUGAGAGGUUAACAGAUUAUGAACCUAUUUUGAAGGUAAGGCCAUGUCUAGACUCCUUAGUUUAGCAUUCAGUGCUUCUCUCCACUGCUGAACACACUUAUUCUCGAGCUUCUCAGACCCUGUAGCAGGCAGAGUAAUGGCUCCCAAUGAUGUCCACAUCCUAAUCCCCUGAACCUGUGAAUAUGUGACCUUACAUGGCAGAUGUGAUUAAGUUAAGGAUCUUGAGAUGAGGAGAUGAUCCUGGAGUGUCCAGGUGGGCCCAGUGUAACCACAAGGGUCCUUUUCAGAGGGAAGCAGAAGGAUCUGAGUCAGUAGUAGGAGAUGCAAUGACAGGCACAGGGCAGAGUGAUGUGAGACAGGGACCAUGAGCCAAGGAAUGCAGGUGACCUCCAGAAGCUGAAAAAGGCAAGGAAACAGAUUCUCUCCAAAGCCCCCAGAAGGAACACAGACCUGUUGGUACUUUGAUUUUAGGCUUCUGAUAUUCAAAACUUUAAGAGAAUACAUUUAUAUUGUUUUAA